GCCGCAACGGCGUCGUUUUGAUUAAUUACUGAGGUAGUUGCGCGAAUUUGGGACCAACGAAUCUGGUAGCACUGCGUCUCUCUGCAACUCCAUUUCCGAUGGAAUCAGAAGCUUCAUCACCCGCAGCUCCCUUGCUAAAAAAGGAAACCCCAAUAAUCCAAUCGAACCCGAAGAAGAAAGACUUCCUGAACCACCUCGAAGCCUACCUAGCAAAGCGAGAUGGAGUCGACAAGCUUCUCAAAAUAUCCAGAUACGCCACCAAGAUCAUUCUCGCCUCGUCGGCGCUCCCCGAAACCCUAACCCUAAACCACCGCCUCAAGAGUUUCGAGUCGAGCGUGGGCGUCAGUCGCAAGGCCUUCCGGCUCGGCAAGUUCGUCCAAGACGUCAACGCCCUCAGAGCCUCUCAUUUCGAUUCCGCCGAAGAACUCGCCCUCUCGCUCGUGGCCUACGGCGGCGAGGGAGUCUACUUCUUCGUCGAGCAGUUUGUCUGGCUCGUCAAGUCGGGAUUGAUUGAUAAGAGGCACGCGCGGAGGUUGGGGCUGAUCAGCGCGUGGGCCGAGUUCGUCGGGUACGUGGGGAGUGUUUCGCUGAAGAUUAGGGAUUUGAGGCGGAUUGCGGAGGACGAGAAGCGCGUGAAGAUGAGCAUCGAGGUUGCGAUUACGAGGGGGAUUAAGUGUGAGGAGGAGAAGGAGAGGCUGGGGAAGCUGAUCGAGAAGAAGCUGAUGAAGCGGCUUUCGGUUGUUCAGGAUUCGGCUGAUGCGUUGAUGGCCUUGGCUGAUAUUCGUGACGGAAAAGGGCAUUUUUUGGGGCCGCUUUCUGUGUCGAUCGCAGGGCUAUUAUCGGCAUUGAUCAGCACUCAUAAGAAUUGGGUGUCUUGCUGAGCUUGAUGGCGUUUAUUUCGAGGAGAACAUGAACAAGUUAUUAACAAUAUUGGUAGUUCAGUUCAACUACCACUCAAUCCUUGCCUUGGAGUUGAUUUGACACUCCACCCUUAUACACAGGGUAGUUGCCGCAUGAUUCAUAACCCUUGUUGAAAUUGUAGAUAGUUAAUAACUUGUGAGCAGGACCGUGGGUGAACCUAAGGCAUUUUUGUCUGCCACUGUAGUCAUUUCGCCAUCUAUGUGAAUCAUUCUGUAACAAAAACUUUCAGGAGUUUUGAGCUUAGAGCCAAUUAGCCA